UUGUUCUCGGGCAGUCUCCCGAGCGGUGCUUCCCGCCCCCCAUAUCCCAUGCGUCUCUGCUCUCCGUUUGGGCCGACCUACCUCUGUCCUACUCCCUGGUUCGUCAGCCACUCUGUUCAAUCGUGAGAGCGCUCCUGGUCGCUUCCCGGAGUGCCUUGCGGCUGUAAUGGCUGCCCCCAGCUGGCGCGGGGCUGGGCUUGUUCAAGCGGUGUUCAGGGUCUGGCAGGUGGGCUCUCAUGUCGCGAGGGAGCGGGUGAUCUCUUUCCCCUCACUCUUAGGCUGUCAACGGAGGUGCGUGUCCUGCGUCGUGGGCUCCGCUUUCUGUGGUCCCCGCCUGGCCUCGGCUUCUCGCAGUCAUGGCCAGGACUCUGCCCUGGCCCACUUCCUUGGAUUCCCUCAGCCUGACAGCUCGGUGACUCCUUGCGCCCCCGCGGUGUCCAUGCACAGAGAUGAGCAGGAUCUCCUCUUGGUUCAUCACCCUGAUAUGCCUGAGAAUCCCCGGGUCCUACGAGUGGUCCUCCUGGGAGCCCCAAAUGCAGGGAAGUCAACACUCUCCAACCAGCUACUGGGCCGAAAGGUGUUCCCUGUUUCCAAGAAGGUGCAUACCACUCGCUGCCAAGCUCUGGGGGUCAUCACAGAGAAGGAGACCCAGGUGGUGGGUACCUACAAAGGGAGUCCUUGAAACAGGACAGGGUGAAGCUGAGAGGGUCUCCCUUACCAUCAACCUUGAAGAAAAGGAUGCUUACGUUCAUUUAUCUGAGGAAAUGGGGUUUCCUCUUCCUUUAGGCAUGAUGCAGUUCUGUCUACUUUCCCCUAUUCUGGCAUCUAGUCAGAAAGAUUUUAUUUUCUCUUUACUGCUUCCUAAUCUUCCAUAUAUUCACAGGUAUCAUUUUACUCCCAGAUCCCAUCUAGAAUUAAAACUAAGC